AUGACCAAAUCUCAUGAUCAUGGCCCGCCAAAGAUCUUGGCCCGAGCAUGUCAAUUUUGCCGGGCUCGGAAGAUCAAAUGUGAUACCCAGCGGCCAAGCUGUAGCUCAUGCAUCAAUCAGAAGAGAGAAUGCGUGUAUAUAUUAGAGGUCCCGAAAAGACGUCCAUCUACAGCCAUUGUCAACGCUCUCCAAAAUGAGAAAAGACAGUUUGAGGAGAUGAUCUUACGUUUAAAAAAGGCCACUCCGGAAGAGCGGGAAACCUUAUUGGAGUCUAUUCCAGUCGAAGAUGGCUCUGUGAAGCUCAAACGUGGCUCACCACCACCGUUUACCCCUUCACCUUUGGGACCAAAGAAAGCUAAUCGGGAAACGAAGUCUCACCACUCUGAUGAUGAUGGUAUAUCUUCAGAUGAGGAUCUGGAUGUUCUCCCUUUCCUCUCUGUCGACGAAGGCGGCAGAGUCGAUACAUUCGGCCCUUCGUCUGCUUUGCAAGGACCAACGAAGCCCGUAAUUUCAAAAGAAUCACCUGUCACUGAACAUGUCCGAAAUCAGCUCAUAGCAAAUGCAAUACUCCAGCGUCAACGAGAGCACGAUAUUAGGUGCUGGCGGGAGAUAUAUGGCGUUCCGGUGGAGCUUGCUAUUCAUCUACUGGACCUCCAUUGGAAUCGACAGCAUCACAGUUUCCUGCUUACAUAUAGACCAGCAGUCAUGAGGGAUCUGAUACAGAAUGGACCCUAUUGCUCUGAAUUCUUAAUGAAUGCUAUUUUUGCAUGUUCCUGCAAGUAUUCACAGAGAAUUGAGGUUCGGGAUAAUCCGGUAGACCCGGAAACUGCAGGUGGUCGGUUUUUUGUCCGUUGUGAUCAAUUACUAGCGGACCAGUCCCUUUUAAAUUCUUCUACCAUUGCAACUCUAGUUGGACUUUUGCUUCUUGGAUCAACCUACAAUGCAUUGGGUCAAACAUCUAAGGGAUGGCUCUAUACUGGAUAUGCCCUUCGAAUGGUCUAUGAUCUUGGCCUUCACCUUGAUUAUAAAGCCACGACUGCAAACGCAGAGGAUAUUGAGAUACGACGCCGCGUUUUUUGGGGCGCAUUCAUUUGCGAUAAACUACAGAGUUUGUACCUGGGACGACCAAUGGCCAUUCACAUAAGGGAUACACAUGUGUCACGCAACUUUAUGGAUACCAUGGAAGAGAAGGAACUUUGGACACCUUAUGUUGACCCUAGGCUCCCAUCUGACUCUUUACCAGCUAUGCCUGGUGCUCCUACUCCAAUCCACUCUGUUACAACGUUUCAACAGUUAUGUCUUCUUUCCAAGAUCAUGACCAAAAUUAUCAAUCGUUUUUACGUGGUGGGAGCUACUGCUGCUAAUGCAAGAGCUAGUCUACAAUCAAUCGAUGACGCAUUGAUAUCCUGGAAGGACAAUCUCCCGUCUGACCUUAAUUUCGAACCGUGGUCAGACAAUCCAUUGAUUGCCCAGGCUCGUCCAGCCCCUAAUGUCAUGAUCCUCAAUGCUUUAUAUCACUCAUUAGUGAUCCUGCUUCAUCGGCCAUUCAUAGCCGAUGGCCAUCUUCGUUCUGCUGUUGCACCGGCUAGCUCUUGGAAACGCUGCACUUCUGCUGCCAAAAACAUAACCAGCAUAGUAUUGGCAUAUAAAUCGGCAUAUACCCUUCGAGGUGCUGCAUAUUUGCUGAGUUAUGCAGUGUACGUUGCCUGUACCAUUCAUGUUCGCAAUGCUGUGGCAACCGAUGGUAGCCAGCCAAGUGAAAAUUCUUCCAUACUAUCUGCAAGUCUUCAUAGCCUUGAUGAGCUCUCGAAACCGAAUGCCGGUGUAUCUAAGACUGCGAGUAUCAUUCGAAAAAUUAUGGCUGAUAAUGGCCUAAAACUGGUGUCAGAACCAGUUAUUGAUAUACAUUCCCCAUCUUCUUUGGAUUUAGACGCCAUUUUACGGAUGUUCCCAUCUAAAUCUCCGACCCAAGGGCAACAGCCGAACCAGCCUGAAAAUUUUGAUCAAAAUUAUGGAAUGAAUCCAUAUGGACCAGAAGAUCUACUUUAUGGGUUUAUGGAUGGAGAAACAGCGGCCUUCUCGGACUUCACUAAUAAUGGAGCUUUCAGGCUAUAG